AGUACAGACGAAAGAUCAUUGGCACAAGAGAGAUACACAAUGGAGGUAGGAUCUGCAACAAAGCUUCAGUGCCAACGUAUUGGCUGCAACGCCAUGUUCACCGGUGACGACAAUCCUGACGGUUCUUGCCAGUUUCAUGCUUCUGUACGUCUUUUUUUUUUCCUCUUGUCUUGAUUUGAAUUUCUUCCAAACUGUUGACUUUGAUAGUGGUUUUAGUCUUGAACCGAUUGAUUAUUAGACUUGUCAGUUAGCUUUUUUGUCUUUUGUUUUUUUUUGUUUUGUUUCUGUUUUUGUUUUUAAUAACAACACUGCUUUAAAACUUUAUGCUCGCAAGUUUAUUAGCUACUCUACUUGUUCAUUGUAUCUUUGCGUAUUCAUUUUCUUUUCCGGUGUGGCUUGGGGGCUCUGUCUACUUGUUUUUGAUCAAGCAGGGACCAUUUUUUCAUGACGGAAUGAAAGAGUGGAGCUGCUGCAAGCAGAGAAGUCAUGAUUUCACUUUGUUCUUGGAAAUCCCUGGAUGUAAGAAAGGCAAACACACAACUGAGAAACCAGUUCUUGCCAAACCUGCUCCAAGACAGCCUAUCACGGUUCCUACUUCAUCUCCAGUUGCUGCCGCUGCCAAUGCAGCAACAAAAGACUCUUGCUCUAGGUGCCGCCAAGGCUUCUUCUGCUCAGACCAUGGCUCUCAACCCAAAGAACAGAUCAGGCAGGCCUUGAACACACCAGUACAAGCGCAAGAAGACGAGACUGAAUCCUUGGCACCACCACCUCCAGUUAAAAAGGUUGUUAUAGACAUUAAUGAACCCCAAGUGUGCAAAAACAAAGGAUGUGGCAAAACGUUCAAAGAGAGAGACAAUCACGAGACUGCUUGUAGCUAUCAUCCAGGUCCUGCUGUCUUUCACGACAGACUCAGAGGGUGGAAAUGCUGCGAUGUUCAUGUGAAGGAGUUUGACGAGUUCAUGGAAAUACCUCCUUGUUCUAAAGGUUGGCACAGCACCAGCGCCGAUCAAGCGGUCUGAUAUAUAUAUAUUCAUGUGAUUUUCAAUAUGAAGUUUUAUCAUCUUUUCAGAUUUCUUAGAAGAAUGAUAUGGAAGAUUUCAUGGAUGGAUAUGCGAUAUGUAAUGAUUAAUAUUCUCAUUAUACUGUUGUUUUAAAUGCUUUUCAUGCUUUAAGAGGUUUUGAUUGUUGUU